AAUAGAUAUACACUUUAUCUAUGAAGAAUAAAUCACAUUGUCACAUUGUCAUUUCAUGAGAAGAGGUAACAAAUAUUUUAUUCCAACUUUAUGGGCAACAGUGAAUACACAAACAUACAUUCAUGUCCCCACACAUUCAUAUAUGCAUAGGCCUACUUCUACUUUCACACAUAUGCAUGCAUGCAUGCUUCCAUCUAUGCAUUACUGAAGAAGACUGAGUGAAAAUUCUAUAAAUGUAUUUGCAGUAAGAGAUCAGACCAAGCUUAUUUUAACUGUUGUUUGUUUUUCAACCAUAGAGAAUGGAUCCUAAAUUUAGGAAGAGGGGAGACGGUCUUGCCAGCCUCUGUGAUACAGAUGAUGCCAAGAAAAUUAAGGGAGAGAAAAGGCCAUGGGCCCGAGCUUUGUCCCCAGAUCGCGUGAAAGAGGCAGCAAGGGUGGCUGUUCUGAGUCGUGGUGGAGACACCAACAAUGAGAAGCAUCUCCUGGGCCAAUAUCAGCUGCAGUUUGGAAUUUUCCGGGGUCAAACGUUUCAGUGGUUGGCUGAGAAUGCGCUGGGCUAUGCUGGAUAUGUGGUGGCAUCAAUGUCGGAGGAAUCAGGAAGCUCUGAUUCUCAUAACCACCUCGUCAAUAAAAGAGCCUUGCUGAAGUAUAUUUCGCUGUAUCCGGAGGGACGUUAUGCCAUUCAGUUUAAGAUGGAGGCGAGAUCCACAAGUCAGCGUAAACCAGCCACCUCCACACAGCCCUCCACCUCAUCACAGCCCUCCACCUCAUCACAUCCAUCCACCUCAUCACAACCAUCCACCUCACCACGACCAUCCACCUCAUCACAUCCAUCCACCUCAUCACGACCAUCCACCUCACCGCGACCAUCCUCAGUGCCUGUAUCCUCCCUGCGGUCAUUGUUGACAGGGAAAGGCGUGUCCCAGCAGAGCAUCCACAAGUCUGUCAAGAGGCUGUUUAUGCCACCAAAGUUUCAUCCAUCUGCUCCUACUGUGUCCCCUGCUGGAUCCACCAUGAAAACAGAGCCCACAGACACGGUGCCAGCAGAUUUAGCUCCCAGUGAGCAUGAGCCCACUGACAGCGAACUUCUGCUGUCAGUUCAAGAGAUGGAGUCACAAAUGCCACAGAACAGAAUUUGCCUGCCCGCUGGUUGGAUCCCUGCCCUGCCAGAAGUUGACCAGCGCUGGAUUUCUAAGGCCCUGUUCCGGUGGUCACGGUUUAACCAACCUGAGCUGGACCUUGAAAAGGUGGACAGAAUGUGGUGGUAUCCACCUCGGCCAUCACUAAACUCCAGUGGUAUUCCAACAUUGGAGCAGUUCUUCGGUCACCCCCUGUUCCUGUGGAUGCCAAGGAAGCUUUGGCGUGUGCGGUUGCUCUGUCCACAUCCAGACUGUGGCAAGUCAGAGCUUACCUCUGCUGGACUACAUCAGAGAGUCAGGCAGGUGAUUGGAGUCAGCAGCUCUUACUUCUUGGCAUCUGAAUAUCUUGCCUGUAAAAGCUGCAAACGAAAGGUGAUCGGUUGGAGCCAUGCCAUCGUCUCCCAGCUAGACAUAGGCCACCGCAUCCAGUUCCCAUGUCUCCUGACUUUCAAGCUGGGAUGCGACAUGCAGGUCGUGCGCCUCAUGCGUCAGCGGGGCUUGGGCAACAGCAGCAGCCAGCUUCAGAAGCAGCUGGAAGAGCAGCAUGCGGAGAGCUGGCUUGGGAGACAAAUUCAGUUUCUCACUGAGUACAGAGGAGUUGCACGUGCCAUCUCCUCUGGCCUGAUUACUCCUGUCCCGCUGGGGGACUUGCCAGCUAUGCCUGCAGUGGCUAAACAUCGCUGGCUGAUGCAGGUUUAUGCCCAGGAUGUCCUCAGCAGGCUGGAUGAAGUGAAGGCCUCCAUCACCUCACUCUUUGGCCAGGUACUGAAGAUGGACUCGACCAAAAAGAUUGUGAGGAAGCUGGCAGGUGAGGCCCGGUCCACAGCUGCUUGGGCCACCAACAUCGGAAAUGAACAUGGGCAUGUGAUCAUGUCCGUUCUCACAGCGAGCGAGGGCUGGGGCCUAAUGAAGAUGGCAGAGGGUCUUGUGAGGCGCUACAAGGACGCAGAGGUGCCACCUCCCGAGAUCCUAUAUGUGGACCGUGACUGCUGUGGGAACUCGCACCUUAAAAAAAUCUUUGGAGCAUGGCCGGGCAUGAGGAUUCAGUUGGAUAUCUGGCACUUUAUGAGGAGGUUUGCGACCGGGUGCACAACUGAUUCUCAUUCUCUAUACACCAGCUUCAUGGCCCAGCUAACCCGGUGCAUUUUCGUGUGGGAUGAGAGUGACCUGCAGCGACUCAAGGCAGCCAAGCGAGCAGAGCUGGAGGCAAGUCUCAUGCGUCCCACAGAGGGAGAUGUGAUACGCCAUAUAAGCAAGGCAGAGAUGCAGCUUCAUUGUCGGAGGACCGUCCGGGAAAGCAGGGAGAUGGAAGCCAUGCUGAAGGAGUUGAUUGAGGCAUAUGAUGGAGAGAGAGGCUGCAACACGCUCGGUGUGCCUCUGAUCAACUCUGCAAGGAUGGCAGAAAUCUGGAAGGCCCAGUGCAAACAUAUCCCCUGCCUCCAGGACCCUCCAGGUUUCCAGCUGUACACACAGACUGGGACAAUGAAGAAGGGUGGUCAUGUGCUGCAAACUUUCCGGUGUGCCAGAGGUUCGACCUCACUGGAGAAUUUCCAUCUGCACAUGAACAGAUUCAUCCCAGGAACCCUCGCAAGUGACACCUUUUUCCAGGCAUAUCUGGUUGAUGGUCUUGCCAGGUGGAAUGAGGAUAGGACCAUGACAGCAGAGGGGACAGCAGGGCCACACUCAUACAGUGGCCUACUUAGGCAUGCAGCCAACCAGCUGUCAGAGGAGGUGCUUGGGAAAAAACUGGUGGAGUACAAAGCCCCCCGGAAAUACACAGGAGAGCUUAUAGGUAUUGAAUACCUAUACAGCCAAAACAAUGUUGCCAUGGAGGACUAUAAGUUGGCCCUGGCAACCCUUGAAACUGAGGACAUCACUGUGGCCGAGGGAGACUCUCUUUUGGAGCAAUUUGAUGUGGAGGAUCCAACUGUUACCACCCUGGACACAAUUUGGCCUCCACAACAGCCCACUCCAUCAGCUCCUGCAUCAAAUGCACCUCCAGCUGCAGCUGGAGCAGUUAGCGACAGUGCCACAACAGCUGCACCUACUGCAACUGGGGCUGCACUGCCUAGCGCACCACUCAGCGAACCUUCUGCUUCCGUCACUGUUGCCACUAUGCAGAGUGCAGCUGUACCUGUGUGCCCCCCAGUUUGUGAGGACAGUGGGAGACCUGCUGGAUCUAAUCCCAGCCUUGGUCCCCAGCUCCAAACCGACACUCCUCAAACCUCUCAGGAUGCGGCAAUGCUCUGCACUCAUCAAGCUCCCCAGCAAGAUGCUCCCAGUGUGGCAGAGGAACAGCCUUCCACAUCAUCAUGCUCCACCAGUCAUGAUGACUCUGUUGGACCAGACAACAUUGAGGGCUUCCAAGCUGUCCAGGACUUGACGGGACACUUGUUCAAAUUAAAAGACCACAGUCUUGCCCUGUCAAGAGAGGAGGCUGCACAUAUUAUUGCCCUAUGGGAGUGUUUGUCAGAGUAUGACAAAAAAAAAACAGUCUACCCUCCACGCUAUCAAGACACAAUCCCCAAAGGGAGAUUCAGGGCCACAAAAAAAAAUGUUGCACCUGGUGUGGAGAGUACAAAGCGAUGCUUUGCAGGAGGGAAAAGCCCAGCGCAGUGGCCUGACUGCAAUCGUGUGUGUGAGGCACUUUUUGUUCAGCUCUGCGAGGAGUAUCGUGGACCCAGGCGCAUCGAUGGAGUCAGGAAAGAGCGUUGGAGCCUUGUCACCAAGGCAUAUCUUCACAUCCGCCAAGUCAUUCUAAAUAAUGCCAUGGUGAUGGAGAAGACCACCAUCCAGCUCCCGGUGAUGAAUACUGCAACCAUCGCUAGUUGGUACUGUAAACUUCAAAAAAAACAGGAGAAGAGCAUGCUGGAGCAAGGCCUCUCUACUCCAAAGAACACUAAUGUGAGCCCAGAGAGCUUGCCUCUUGCAGUUCUGAGUAAAGACAGACCCUGUGUCCCGACCAGCAGUGUGGCAAAUCCCCACAUCUUUGUCCUGCCUCCUAACACGGCAGGGACGGCGCAGCUGAAACAGCGACGGAACCUGCCAGUGGCUCCAGCUGCAAUUCUGCCACCAUUCCUUGCAGCUCUCAAUCAACCUCUUCAUCCUCCCCAGCCUGUACCACAACCUCUCCUGCUUGCACCGCAGCCUCUCCUGCUUGCACCGCAACCUCUCCUGCCUGCUCCGCAACCUCUCCUGCCUGCACCGCAACCUCUUCUGCUUGCACCACAACCUCUCCUGCCUGCACCACAACCUCUGCUCCCUGUGGUUAUUACCAAACCGGCAGCUGAUGUGCCAUACACCACACAGCAGUACCAUAAAAAGAAGAUGCAGCAAGAGGAGAGUGGUGUUAAAAAGCGGAAGUACACUAAAAAGAGUGACGCCAUCAUUUGCAAGCAGUGCAAGAGAGAGCGGGACCCUGCCACCCACCAGCAGUACUUCGGAAAUUGGUACUGCCAAGCCACAGCCACUACAACUCUGGCUGAGUGGAAGGCCUCAUUUGAAGCCCGGGGUUAUGGCAAAAAGAAAGAUGCGCCACCACAAUAAUUUUGUACUUGUAUUUUAUUGUAUUUUAUUUUAUAUUUAUUUAUUGUUUCACUUAUCUAAUAUUAUAUAUAUUCUAUUCUAGUUUGCUGUGUAAAUAAUAAGCUAUUCUAUUUUUUCGAUUAUAUUCUGUUGUGGUACUAUGUGUGUGUAUAUAAGGUAUUCUGUUCUGUUUUAUAUGUAUAUAUUAUUGUAUAUUGCUAUUUGUUAUCUGUUAUAUACACUGUUUCACUGGAGUUGCAUUAUUGUUUACAUGUGUAUAUAUUUAUUAGAAUGCUCACUCUUUUUUUUACUGAUUUUAU